AUUAGAAAAGUGCCUGACGUCAUUUGCAUUGUUUCUUAUUGUCCAAUUGGAUGACUCGAAAUGUGGGUCUUCUGUGGCUUUCAAUAAUAAAAAAUAAAAUGCUGCAUGCUGCUCUUUUUUAAAAUUUAGACUUCAACAAAAAAGGCAGUGUCGUGUAACCUGCAAAGAGGUGCUCUGUCUGAGCGGGGCCUUACUCAUCAUCUUUUUUGUUGUUGUAAUAAUCUGGUGUCUUGCUGCUUUCAUACGUGUAACUGACCUUUGUGGAUGGUCCGUCAUAGGAUUUUUUUCAGCCAUGUGCAGCCAUUGAUGCUAUUCAGAGAAAUUGACUCACUAAGACCACUCAGUGGUCUCUGUCCUCUAACCUGCUGGGUUCAUUUCAGCAUGUGGAUUCUGAAGGAAAAGAUACACAAGUAAUUCCUGCACUUUGACCUCCUGUGAGCCUUUUUAAAAUUACAACCCUCCAUGUAUCCCUUAUUUAUCCAUUUGAAUUCAUCACAUCUCUAAACAGACAAAAGAGAGCUAUUCACCUUCUUCUUUAUGAAGGGAACAGCUUUUAAAAUGACAGUUGUGACCUUUACACUUCCUGAGACCUUUGGCCGUUAAGAUGGAUGCACCCCUGCAGGAUACAUGACAAUUAAUUACAUUUAACAGUCGUAAGUUGUAAGCAAAAUGCCCUCUCCCUGAAUAUAUAAGACAGCUGAGAGCCCGGUUACAACACUCGUUAGGUGAGAGAGAACUAAACAUUGUAGACACCAUGGUUUCUGUCUACUCUGUCCUGUAUACUCUGGUGCUGUUCUCUGAGCUGAGCAGCCACUUGGUCACUGUAGCCAUGCCUGCAACUAAAGGAGAAGACGGCGUAACUGAGCAAGAUGGCCUGUUCCUGGGGGACGAGUCCAUGACUGAGCCCGCUGGGGUUCCUCUCUCGUACAGACGAAACCUCAUGCUUGACACCAACGCGAUGGAUGAAGACGGAAGCCCUAAAAUCAUAAUCGUUUCAGACAUGGGGCUGAAAGGACACAGUAUUCGUGGGCUGAACCCAACCUUCACCCGGAGCUUUCCCCUGCUCACAGACCGAAGCUUGAGUCACAUUCCUGCCGAGCACCGUUUAACCAUUGGUCGCAGAAAUACUGACGACGGCAUGCUGCGGUGUAUGAUAGGAAGAGUGUACCGACCCUGCUGGGUAGAAUAAUGCUGCCAUCCUGCCCUGAAUGUGUUGUAAAAAUGACUUCCUUAUAUAUGUUAUCAUGAAAUGUAGAAAAUGAGUACACAAACAUGUAAAACCAAAUAAAAGUUUAUUAAAAGUCUG